AUGAACAACAACAACUCUAGAGCAGGCCAGUGGUUAGAACACCAUGAACAACACCAAGUUCAAGAGAUUACUCCGUCCUUCAACGCCAUUAAUAUGACAUCAUCAUCAGGAUCAUCCCUCGGAGAUGGUGCGAUGGUGCACGAAGUUGCCGGAAAGAGAUCUAGGGCUUCCAGGAGAGCCAUACCAACGACUCACCUAAACGCAAGCCCUAGUAAUUUCCGAACCCUAGUUCAGAAAUUCACGGGACGCUCUGCGGGAGGUGAAGCCAACCGGAGGAAAGGUCCGGUGACAUUGGAUUUCGGGUCUCCAACAUUAAUCUCUAAAGAAGCUAUCUUUCCAGUCUCCAGCGAUCGAAGUAACUACGAUCAUGAUUAUGCGCUUAAUCGUCACGUGAGUAACGAGCAGCGUCACGUGACUUGGUCAGGUACGCCGUAUCAGUUGGGUGAGGAAAGUAACUCAGUGUUUGAUCAAGAUCAUGAUCAUGAUCUGUUGAGGGAAUCUUCCGGGAAUAGUAGUUAUGAUGAUGGUAUGGACUAUAUGGAUUAUCAUUAUCAUGAUUUUCACCAAGAGACGGCAACGUUGGAGGAGUUUAUGAUGAGAGAUCUUGAUUUAUAA